CGGAAAGUAAAAAAACGAAAACGUGAAGCCCAUAUUUCUUUUCAUGAGCAAUUAGACGACAGACUAGAUGGUAAAUCGAGACAGACUGGGAACGCAACCAGCGACAAUGAUCGUGAACUCGUUAAUAAUGAUGAUACUUCUUUUGUGACUCAAACUGAAAGCACCUCUAGUGAUAAUGAUUGCGAUGACGAUAACGAAGGGAAUAAUCGUGACGAUAAUUCCAAUAUUUCUUUGGUAGCUCAGACACAAACUGAAACUACAACCACUAAUAACUAUGAUAAUAGCAAAAAGUUCGUGUCUUCGGAAGCACUAACAAAAUGGAAACAAGUAAAGGUUCGACCGCGCACUGAUCUGGCAUUCUAUGACAUCAUAGAUAUCACACCAGGUUCUAAUAGUGAUUUUCUACGAUCACUACCUGACAAUGCAGUGCAUGAAAUAAAACAGUUAAUACCGUCACCAACACCUAAUACGAACAACGAAAUGAAAGAUUAUAUUAUUGAAUUUAUUAAGACAAAAGAAUUCCGUAAAUUUGUAGAUGAGAGCUACUUGAAAACGAGAGUCAAUAAUACUACAAAAUUUAUAUGGGAUUACUUGAAUAUUCUUGUUGAAUCAUUUGAAAGGGAUAACGAUUUAGCGAAUUAUAAUCUGUCCGAAUUCGGGUAUCGGGAAAUAUUCUUUACCCCUCUAAUUCGAAGUCUUUUCCGAGGCACACACCGGGAAAUGAAUAUUUAUUUGUAG